UAAAUUCUCAUAUUUCUUCCAAAGUUUCAAAAACUUAGUAUUAUACAAAAAAAGAAAUCCUUAUAUUUUGAUUGUUGAUUCCAUAUAAACAUGACAACCAUGAAAAGAAGCAGAGAAGAUAAUGGACAAGUGGAAGCAGAAGCCAUGGCUAAUUGCGCCUUAAUGCUUUCAUCGCGUUUAAACAAUAACAAUGAUUUUGAAUGCAAGACUUGUAAUAAACGAUUUCCAUCUUUCCAAGCCCUUGGUGGACAUCGUACAAGUCAUAAUAAAAAGCCACAAUUACUUGGAGAAACCAACCAAAAGAGUAAGGUGCAUAAAUGCUCUAUUUGUGGUAUGGAGUUUGCAUUGGGUCAAGCAUUAGGCGGACACAUGAGACGGCACCGUGAUGAAAUUAAUAAAGUUACGUCUCAUGAAAAGACUAUAAUUCCAAUUUUGCACAAGUCAAAUAGCAGCAAAAGGAUUAGCAUUUUUGGGGUUAACUUAAACAUAACACCCAAUGUUGAUGAUUUGAAGUUAUGGCCGAUGGAAGAGGCUCCAUCGCCUGUCUUGCGAAUAUUUUUUUAAGUCAAAUUGUAAUUCGUUGUUAUUAACUUUUAAUUAGGAUUAGGAGAAUUAAUUAGCUAUAUGCAGUUAUUUGUGGAAUUCUUUCCAUUCAUUUUCUUUGUUGUAUAUAUAAUCCUUAAUUAGUUAUUUACAAAUGAUUUUGUUGUUACCUUGA